AUGAGUGCCUCUGCUCAAGUGGACAUCGGUUCAGCCAUCGAUUCGGUCAUUUCAGACGCAACUUCGGUCGUGGGAGAUGCCACCUCGAUCGGCGGCUCUGCUAUCACAUCAGCAGCAUCGCUUGCAUCCUCAAUUGCCGACAGUGUUCCCUCCAGCGUAGAAUCGCUUGUUUCAUCUCUCGAGUCCGAAGCGUCGUCGAUAGAAGCCUCUGCCGAGUCGGUAGCCUCAAGUCUUAGCGCAAGCGCCGCCACCGCUGCUCCGUCAGUACAGAGCAGCAUUGAAAGCGAAAUCAGCAGUGUCCUAGCCAGUGCCAGCUCUCUGGAAAACAGCAUUUUGAGCAGUGCUGGCGCUGCAGCAACUUCAUUUUAUACCUCGGCCACGGGAGCUGCCGGCAGCAUCACAUCGUCUUUGGCUAGCAGUGCCUCAGCCACUGCUACUGGUGCAUCUGGAAAUGGCGCAGCAGAUAGAUAUGUCGUUCCUGCUGCAGGAAUGCUGGGUGCUGUUUUUUUGGGCGUGGCCGCUCUCCUGUAA